AUGGAGGCUGCCGUGGUCAGCGCUUCUCAUGGUGCUUUGGGCUCCCUGAUAGGGAAGCUUGGUGAUUUGAUCACAUCUGAGUACAAGCUGCUCAAAGAAGCUAAGGGACAGAUCAUGUUCCUUAAAGCUGAGCUAGAGAGCAUGCACGCGUUCCUGAAGAAGAUGUCAGACAUGGAAGAGCCUGACGAGCAAGACAAGUGCUGGGUGAAGGAAGUACGUGAACUCUCCUACGAUAUAGAUGACAGUAUCAAUGAGUUCCUGCAUCGCGUCGAGCGCAAGUACAGCAGCAUGCCGCGUGGAUUCAAGGGGUUCAUGGAUAGAAGCAUGAGCCUGCUGACAACCAUGAACAUUCGGCAUCAGAUUGCGAAGGAGCUGGAAGGCCUCAGGAGUCGUGUCAUGGAGGUGAACGAGCGACGCAUGAGGUACAAGGUCGAUGAAACUGUUUCCAAGCCAAACAACACAGUCGUCGAUUCUCGUGUUUUGGCACUCCAUGCAGAGUCAGCCAGCCUUGUUGGUAUUGAGGAGCCCAGGGACCAACUGAUAAAAUUGAUGGAUGAAGAGAGUGUGCCUGCUUCACAUCAGCUAAAGGUGCUCUCUAUUGUCGGAUUUGGAGGUCUUGGAAAAACUACCCUUGCAAAUGAGAUUUAUCGCAAGCAAGAGGGCUUAUUCCUGUGUCAAGCUUUUGUUUCUGUGUCCCAAAAACCAAAUAUUAGGAAGGUACUAAGGACUAUACUAUCUCAAGUUGGCUUUAAACCUCCUAUGAACACCAACAUGGAAAUGUGGGAAGAGUCCGAAUUGAUUAGGACGCUGCAAAAUUUUCUUUUGGAUAAGAGGUACCUAAUUGUAAUUGAUGACAUCUGGGAGGCUCCUGCAUGGGAUAUCAUUAGAUGUGCUCUUCCAGAGAACAUUAAUGGCAGCAGAGUAUUAAUAACUACACGAAUUGAGACUGUGGCCAGAGCUUGCUGUGCUAAGAACAUUGAAUGUGUUUACAAGAUGAAGGCCCUUAGUGACCAAGACUCACGAAGCUUAUUCUUCAAAAGAAUGUUUGGUGCAGAGGAAGCUUGCCCUCCAUAUUUGAUGGAAGUGUCUGCUCAAAUUUUGAAAAAAUGUGGUGGUUUGCCACUUGCAAUUAUCACAACAUCUAGCCUAAUAGCCAGCCAGCCAAGCAAACUAAAGGAGCACUGGGAACAUGUAAGGGACUCUCUGGGCUCCAGCUUUGAAGUGAGCCCAAGCUUGGAUGGCAUGAGACAAAUAUUAAACCUCAGCUACAUAAACCUUCCUCAUUAUUUGAAGACUUGUAUGCUAUAUCUAGGCAUUUAUCCAGAGGACUACACAAUCAAUAAGAAUGAUUUGGUUAGACAAUGGAUAAGUGAAGGUUUUAUAUGUGAAGCUCGUGGGACAGAUCCAGAGGAUAUUGCAAAGAGCUAUUUCAAUGAGCUUAUCAAUAAGAGUUUGAUUCAGCCCGUAGAUACAGACUACAAUGGUGAGGUGAUGUCUUGCAGGGUUCAUGACAUGAUGCUUGAUCUUAUCCUACAUAAAUCGAGAGAAGAUAAUUUUAUCACUGUAAUAGAUGAUAUUCAAGAUUUGACAAGACAGCACAACAAGAUCCGUCGACUCUCACUCAAUUUGGAUGGUGCAAUAGAUGAAACAGUAGGAAGAUCCUUCCAGCUAUCCCAAACACGAAUGCUAGCAAGAUUUGGUACCUCUUUAUAUCUACCUCCUAUUUUACAGUUCAAGCAUCUCCGAGUUUUGACGAUUGAAAUUUCAAGUGGGCCCUAUUCAUCUGAGUUACUUGACUUGAAUGGAAUAUGUCAUUUGUUUCAACUGGGAUUCUUAAAGAUCAUAGCAAGUGGUCGUCAUGUGGAGUUACCUAGUAAAAUUGGACGUCUGCAGCAACUGAAAACAUUUGAAAUAAAAGGACAAUCAGAUCUGCAGCUACCAUCAGAUAUUGUUCAUUUGAGCCGUUUAUCGCAUCUGAUUGUUCCAGAACAUGUAAUAUUUCCCAAUGGCGUCAGUAACAUGAAAUCAUUGCGUACUCUACGUUGCUUUGAUUUGAGAAACUCACUAGACAAUAUCAAGGGUCUGAGAGAACUGACAAAUCUGACAAAUGUUGAAAUCAGAUAUUUUAACUACACAUCCACCAAUAGAGACGAGUUUGCUGCAAAAUGUAGGGAACUUGUCCACGCCCUUGGAAACAUUUGCAGCCUCAAAUGUCUACUUAUUCGUAGUUCUUACCAACCUGUCACUGUCAGAGCCUGCUUAGAUUCAUGGUGGUCAGUCCCAACUUCUUUCAUUCAUCUCCAGAGCUUUCAUGCAAAGUACUUCUCGAGGAUUCCUGGGUGGAUUGGCCAGCACCAUAGCCUCUAUGACCUGCAGCUUGUUGUUCAGGAUGUGUAUGGGGAUGACGUUGGGAUUCUCUCACAGUUGCCCUCCCUUGUCCACCUCGACUUGCACAUCAAUGGAGUUCCUAAAGACAAGAUCAUCAUCCGUGGAAGAGGAUUCCCUGUUCUCAAGCAUUUUACAGUUGCAUGUUGCAGGAUAUCGUACCUGGCCUUUGAGGCAGGGGCGAUGCCGAAGCUUGAAAGGCUCGAGCUAUGUUUCAAUGCACAGGGAUGGGACAGGUAUGGUGGUGUGCCUGCUGGCAUCGAGUACCUAUCAGGCCUCAAGGAAAUCGUCGGAGACAUCGGGGGCCUAUAUGCAAAGGGAUCCAAUAGAAGGGCUGCAGAGUCUGCGCUCUGGGACGUGGCUGGCCUGCACCCAGGUCACCCUGUAUCCAACAUCAAACUGAGUUUCUAUUAUAUAUUUGAUGGCAACGACGAUGAGCCCCGGGAAUAG